AGCGAAAGAUCUUUCAACUUAGCUGUAAAAACACAUUUGUGUCUGCUAUUCUACUCCGAAAGCUCCAACAGCAUGAAGGAAUACUCGGUGCUUUCGCCGAAACUUGGCGGAGGACCGAAGGGAUUAGGUGAUCCUAACGACAAAAGUUUAAGGAAGGUAGAGAAAGAUGUGUUGGUACCUAAGUUGAUGCGAGAGAGAACCAAAUCCGAAAAGUGUGUCAACGAGGUUAAAGAAUUUCACGAUUGCUGUCUCAAAACUGGUCUACUGCACGUGGUAAAAUGUAGGAAAGAAAAUGAUAAGAUGAAGGCCUGUAUGGAGAAGUGGUUCUACAAUCAAGACUUUAUUAAAGAAUGUACAGAGCAGUAUCUGGAGGAAAGGAGUGAAUUUAGAAGAACUGGUAUUCCCAAAAAGCAAAGAAACAUAAGAUUGCAGAGCUCAUCAAUGUGAACAUACCAUUAACCAAUAGACAAUUGUACAGAGAUAUUAUCUAGAUUGUGUACAUUUUUCACUUACAUUUUUAGAUAUAAUCUAUGAUUGGUCUACCAAUAUUU